GGUUUCACUUUCUGGUUCCCGUUAUUUCAGUCACACAACACAAGGGCUGGAGCACAUAAAAGGCAAGUCACAGCAACAGUGAGCACUUCGGCUUCCAAGCUACCUUCAAACAAGUAGAGAAAGGAAAGCAAGGGAAAAGAAGGAAAAACAUGAGUACCAUUUCCAAUAAUUCCUUGAAGAAGUCCCUGCUGCAGCUAGAAUGUCAUUUUACAUGGACUUUGCUGAAGGAGGAUGUAGAUCUCGAUUACCUAGAGGAAUCAAUAAUUGAUCUGAUUGAUAUUGGAUUUUAUGAAAAUCUCAGAAAUUACAAUCUACUCGCUUAUGUAUGUCACCUAAAGCACUCAAACACGGAAGCCCUGGAAAACCUCCAAAAAGCUGAAGAAUUUGUCCAAAAAUGUCAUCCAAAUGAAAUCGACAUGAAAAGUCUUGUUACCUGGGGAAACUAUGCCUGGAUCUAUUACCACAUGGCCAGAUACGAAGAAGCUCAAGCUUAUGUAAGCCAAGUGAAAAACAGCUGCAAAAAACUUUCAGGUCCUGCUCAGUUGAAGAUUCAGUUUCCAGAAAUCUAUGCUGAGCAAGGGUGGGCACUAUUAAAGUUUGGGAAAAAGUACUAUGAAAGAGCAAAGGAGUGCUUUGAAAAGGCUCUGAGCAAAGAACCCAACAACCCGGAAUUUAAUGCUGGCUAUGCAAUAGCAGUGUAUCGUUUGGAAGAACAUUGUAAUGGAGCAAAUGAAGAAGCAAGCUCAACUGUGGAGAUCCUGAAGCGUGCAGUGGAACUGAAUCAAAGGGACACUUUUCUUAUGGCACUACUUGCAUUAAAACUUCAGGAGUUACAUCAAGAUGAUGAAGGGGAGAGAUACAUUGAAGCAGCAAUGCAGAAAACCCCCAAUCUUCCUUAUUUCCUGCGAUAUGCUGCUAUAUUUUAUAGAAGAAAAGGAGAAGUGGACAAGGCAGUGGAGAUUUUGAGAAGAGCCUUAGCAGUGACACCAAAAUCUAUCUUUUUGCGUCACCAGAUGGGAGUCUGCUACAGAACAAAGCUGAAGCAGUUGGAAAGGACAGAAAAUCCACCUCAAGAUCAAGUGGAAAAACUCAUUCAAGAAUGCAUUUUUCAUUUUAAAGCAGUGAUUGACCAAAAAACAAAAUUUUGGUCUAGCUAUACUGACUUAGCAGUCAUGUAUGCAAAAGCAAGGAAGUAUAAAGAAGCAGAAGAGACAUUUCAGAAGGCAUUUCAGAUAAAUACUCUGACUUUUGAUGACAAACAAACACUAUGCUACCGAUAUGGAUAUUUUCAUCAGUAUUGUAAGAGAUCAGAAUCUGAAGCCAUUAGAUAUUACAAAGAAGGGCUGAAAAUUGGAGAAGAUUCUUAUGGAAGACUUAUGUGCAAAAUUUCCCUCAAAAAAUUGUUGAGAGAGAGAAUUCGGAAAGGUUUAGAAGAUGAAGCAGAUUUUGGUACACUUGGAUUCAUUCACCAGCUAGAUGGUGAGAACCGUGAAGCAAUUGAGUGCUAUGAGAAAGCCAUUGAACUUAACCCUGACAGUGAAGAAUAUCUGAGUGCGUUAUGUGAGCUACGACUUUCCCUCUCAAGCUGAAGCUCCCAAAAAUCCUUCCCAAAAAAGAAAAAAGAAAAAACAAAACAAAACAAAGCAAAACAAAACAAAACAAAACAAAACAAAACAAAACAAAACAAAAAAACACACAUUUUAAGGUUGAAGUUAUAACCAGGUGAAAAACCUGGUACCACCACCUUCUGGUGAUGAUGUAGAAACUGCAGAUGACUGGAUUAUGCUUGUGCAUUUGCUUGUUCGUUCACUACUAAAGGGCAUGCUCAGAAAGAGUAAUAGCUAAGCUAUCUUAGCCUUCUGUACUAAUACUAGUAUAAAGGUUGUUUUUGAGCGAUGAUCUGUAGGACACAGCUGGAACCGGAUCUUAUCUUCUACUGAGAAAAAAGAUCAGGGAAUUAUGAUAUUGUAACAUUUAUCUAUCAAUUUGAAAGGCAUGCUGAUGCUACAAUGGAUAUUUUUGGUGCAUUUUCAAAUAUUAAGGACUCUUUUUGUGUCAUUUAGAAGAAAAUUGUGUUGAAGACUUGUUCAGAUUACCACCUUAUAUGCUGUUUAAGAUAAAUGACCACUGUUUAAACAA